AAAAUAUGAAGAAAAGCAUUUUUUCGAACCAUGUUUCAAGAAGAGACCUUUUUCUAUAUGGUGGACACAAAAGUCAGAAGAAUGACAAGUCCAGCUUUCAACAGAUCUCCACUCAAUCACAAGAAUUUUCACAGGGUCUAGAUGGAUUCAACUUGAGCAGUGGUUCAUCAGAGCAGUUGUCCCAAGGAAGGAAAAUGUUUGACAGUUACAACACACCGCAGAGUAGCGGUAACAAAAAUCUUGCAUCUCUGAUGAAGCCUAUGUCCAGUGUGUCUUCAGCCCCAGGGCGCCCAAAGUUCCAGCAACAGUAUCAGAACAACAGACUCAAAGCAAAGGAAAAUGAAGAAAGGGAGCUGAUGCAGACAAUAUCACAGACUGUAAAAGAAUGUUCAGAAGAGGUUCAAAAUGCCAUGAAAGUCAUGCCAGAUUACUUGGGAGAACACAUGCAGAUGUUUGGAGAUUCCAUUACAAAACUGAUUAAUGACAAUCUGCAAGAGCAAUUUGAAAAUAUUCUUCUGACUUUUCAAGACCAGAAAGAUGCUAGACACCAGAUUGGUGAAAUGAAAGGAAUCAUAGAUGAGAAACAAGCCAGGAUAGCUGACCUCCAGAAGCAGUUGGAGCAACAUCAAAAAGCAGGGUGUCAGCAGUCGAUGGAGAAAGUGACCGAUGUCAUUCACAAGAACAGAGAACACAUGGACAAACAGCUACUGACUCUGAUAGACAGCAACCAGACCAUCACAGAGAACCAGCAGAGGAUACUAGAGGGGCAAGAGAAGCAACUUAAUGUCGGGAACCAGAACCAUAGCGAACUGCAACAGAGGCUGGAUAACAUGCCAAAGAAAAUGGGGAAAAACAACAGUUUUGCAGAAGAAAUAAAAUGUAUAAGAAGAGAACUGGAAAUCCAGAAAAUGGAGGCUCUAGAAUUCUUUCAAGGAUUGUUAACAAAGAGUAGUGAUGAGCAAACCGAAGACAUUACCAAACAAAUAGAGAGUGAAGUGAGCCGAUCAACCAAAACCAUCUGUAAUACCUCAAGCAGUGUGGCCAACAUCCAAAAAGAUUUCCUUCAUGAUACAAUGAAAGAGCAGCAAGAAGAGUUGAAAGCAUUCCUGAAAGCUGAACUACAGAAAGCACAUAGAAACCAGUCCAGUCAGGAAUCUCUCGACUCCUUCACCAUAAAGCACAAAGAUUAUACACAGUCAUAUAAUGAUAGGAAAUGUAGAUCUGCAGUUCCAAUACAAACAGAAAGAGAGGCAGUAGGUUUUGUUAAACAUCAGAAAGAGAAUGAUGAGAUCAGGAAGAUGGAUCCUCAACAACUACAGUUUUAUGAAAAUCCAUCCAGGGGAAAUAGUAAUGUAUUAACGUCUGAUGUAAAGCAGAAAUCUACCCAACAAGAUUUUAUGUCCCCUGACACCAAUGCAAACCAGAGUCAUUGCAAAACUUUCUUCCAGAGGCCAAACCCUUCUCCUGUUGCUACAGUUCUACCACAACCUCAGGGGAGAGGCCAGUCCAGAGCUGGGAAGGAAUCCCAGGAAGACUACGAGGCAGUAAAUGGAGCACAAAUGACUCAAGGAAGAGCAGAGAGGAAAAACGACAAGUUCAGAAACAUUGUGCCCAAAAGAAGAUCUCAGAGAAUUGCAGGAUUUUCACAGAAUUCAGAGAACAGUUCAGAAAAUGGCCAUGUCAGCAGUGUUCCUGCAUAUGCCUCUCAGAACUUUUUUGAUAGUCAACAAUUAACUUGCUCUUCAAAUGAAUCUCAGCGUGACAUUGUUCCGUCAUAUGCCAAGAAACCCAGGUAUAAUACACAAGACCAUGAAAGUCACACUAGUUUGUCAAAGAAUUUUGUUCCAUCAGCUGACUGUCAUGUUCCAAGGCAACCUGCUUAUAACUAUGGAACUGUAAGGCCAAAUGUCAGAACCCCAUCUAAGAAAUUUGGCAAAGGUACUGAUGUUUUCCAAUUUUCUGAGGAGAAUUCAAACUUCCUUAAAACUGUACAUGGAAAUCCCAUCUCCAGAAUUAAUAAAAGAGAAAAACUGGUGGAAAAUGACAAAGAAGUGUCUGAAGAGAGCAGAGACUCCUCUCCUUCUGUGUCCAUCACCAAAAUCAUGAUCAAGAGAAAAUUCCGUCGAGAUUCACCUGCCUCAUCUGUCUUCAGCAACUUUAGAACGUACUCCCAUCCCAAGACAAAACCUGUAGUCACUUCUACUCCUGGAUACCAGCCAUCUGAAAGUGGAUGGAAAGUGAAUAGAGGGGAUGUUCUGACAAAGAGACAUGAGAGCUAUAAGAGGAACCUAAUGCAGGUAGAUGAUGAUCUCCUAGAGUUGUCCCACAGAAUACAGAACCAGCUUAAAAGGAGGUGAUGUACUGGAAUAUAGUCAGUCCAACAGGUGCUAAAAUCAGCUCAGAAAUAGAUGAUGAAAAUACUGACAACAUUUAAGCUUUACCUUUACAUGUAUUAAAAAUCAUAUAUUGUAUAUGAGCAACCAGUAAACUGAAAAUUUGCAAUAUUUUGUUGUUUUUUUUAAAAAAUACAUUGUGCUGCCAUACAUUUAUGAAGAAGGACUGUGAUAAUUCAGCAGAUGAAAAAAAUAUAACACUUGGUUGUUCUUGUUCAAGGAGGGCUUAAGCAUCUUGAUAAAUAGUAAGAGUAAAAGACAUGUACGUGCUACAUGUACAUUUUGAAAUGAUCGAUGCAAUUGUGUUUGUAAUAUAAUACUCCACAUCUGGUUUUUUACAUGAUUUGAUCAUUUUUCACUAUUUUUUCAUCGUUAAUUUUUUUUUAAUUGAUGGUGGAUCCAUUAUCAUCAAAGCUGAUGUCUGUGAUAUGUUUAAUGACAUGUAAAUAACAUGUUGCUGGAACUGUGAUAGUUUAGAAACAUGCCAAGAACAUGAUGUUUUUCUUGUUGAUUAUACACAUGUAGAUACCAGGUAAAGAACAAGAUGUUAACAUUGUUAUAUUAUUGUUUUGGUUGUAUUUCAUUAAA